AUGAUCAACUCUCUUGUCAACCGCCCCAACCACGUCCGUGAGAGGCAAGUGUUGGUUCAGUCCUCGAGCAAGCCCGUAUAUCUGCGUCUCCCUCGUUCGAGCCUUUACUUCAACGCAUACCUUGCUCUCUUCGGAGUUGGCAUGAUCGGAACCACCAGCGGUCUUUACAGCCUCAUCAAGGCAGGCUCCAGUUUUCUCUUGCACGAUGAAUAUACUAAUUCGGCUACUCCUAUAGGGCAAGUCCGCCUGAAAGAAUAA